GAGGACAUUCGUCAAGCUAGUGACGUUAAAGAAGCGCUCAUUGGGAGGCAACCCACCCAAAAAAGAAAAAAAAAAAAAAAAAAAAAAAAAAAAAAAAAAAAAAACUAACCCAAAAAUAUUUUACUUUGUUUAUUUCUUGCAGAUGUCUGGAGGAAGACGUGACGAUCCCAUUUUCGAGGAGCCACCACUAGGACGGGAAGACCCGCCACCUCAGCCUGAUAUCCCAUUUGCUACUAUUGCUGAUCGCAGACGCUUCCAGGCAUGGGGGCAAUACCGCACACUCCUUCCUCCCAUGAUCCUGGACCCGACGAUGCUAGAGGAAUGGGGGUACUGGGAUGACAUUGAUGCCCUGCUAGGAGACUCUUUAUGGCGGAGGAUUCUAUUCGUUCAGGAGAGGGCCAGCCUUCCAUUGACGAUGGAGUUUCUGUGCUCCGUUCAGUUCACUCAUUACGGACAGGCUGUGCAGGAGGGUGCUGUUAUUGGGUCAGAGUCUCGGAUGAGGUUUACUAUUCUAGGCAUGGAGCACUCCAUCACUGUGGCUGAGCUCGGAUGGAGGAUGGGGCUCUAUACCCCAGCAUACACACAGACUGAGGAGUUCCGUGCUCUUCCGACCCGCUUACCCGAGGCAUUUGACAUUGAUGAGUUCUGGCACAGACACUCCACAGACACCAGAUCAUUUCUCCGGAUGCACCCCCAUUCGAACAAAUGGAGGGAGACUCACUGGUACAUACUCUCGUUCGUACUUUCUUGUGGUUUUUUUGGACGACCUAACAACACAAACAGGUUGUCCAAAAAGGACAUACUAUUCUUUUGGAGUUUGAUUCACCGCAUCCCGGUGAAUAUGGCUGUCCUUAUGGCUCGUUUCUUCCGGAGCCAGGGGAAGACUGUGCGGCGCACUAUCCAGGCAGGGCCUUUCAUCACUACCCUCGUUAGAUCAUUCUACCCAGAUCUAGACAUUCCAGGGCUAUCACAUUUACAGGAGAGCAUCCGCGUUCUUCGAUCCUCAUCCUUUACCAACAUGAGGAUCAAGAAGAAGCGGAAUACUCAGGAGCUCCCAGGUAUUGAGCAGCCGACCCAGCAGAGUAGUUCUUCUCGACCCUCAGGACAUGAGGGAUCUAGCGAGCCCUUUUCAUACAUGCCUAGCGCCGCAGAUUGGAGAGCGAUGAUGGAUGGGAUGCGGAGUCUCCAGACUUCAGUUUCAGAGAUGCGGGUUGCACAGGACAGAGGGUUCCAGGAGAUGCGAGAUGCGCAUGAGACGGCCCUGGGAGAGUUCAGAGACUUUCGAUUAGCUCAGGAAAGAGCCACCCAGGAUAUGCAGGCGGAGCUAGAGACCCAGAGGCUAGAUAUUGAUGAGAUGAGAGAUUGGCUUAGGCCACACUAUGGCCCCCAGGAUGGCGCAGGCGAUGUUUAGAUUUGCUUCUUCCUUAACAUUUUUAUCAUGUUUGUUUGUUCUUCAGGUUGGACAUUGCGCUGCUCCUUUGACUUGAAUGCUCUUACAAACUGACUAUGGAUGAUGUAAGGAUUUUUAAAACCAUUUUUUCUCCUGUUUCAUUAUUCCUCUUCACAAAAUCUUUUCAAAACUCAAGUGUGAGGAAAGAACCAAAAAAAAAAAAAAAAAAAAAAAAAAAAAAAUUAUGUGCCUUUAUUUCCCAAUUUUGUGCCUCAAAAGAAGACCUCGAGGGCGAGGUCCAGCUCAAGUGUGAGGAGGUUGCGUUUUACACUCAAAAGUCAAAACCUUGUUUUAGAACAAUCUUUUUACUAUUUUUGAUAUGAAACAUUAAUUUCUCAAUUUGUUAUCAAUUCACAAAAUAGUUUAGAAAAUCACCCUUAUUAUAAGAAUUUACUAUUAUUAUUAUUUUUGAAAACUUAAAAUUGUUAUGGGUUUUUGGUUGCGAAUGUAAAGGUCUGAAUUUGUUUUAAUUGGACAUUCAUUUUAUUCAUUAAAAAAAAAUGUUACUAUUAAUAAACCUCUUCAAAACUCAUUGUUAUAGGACAAUUCCAUCUCCGAAAAGGGGCUCUGUUUCAUUCGCUAAUCACAGUCUGUGAGAAUGAAAUAUGCAUUUACCAUGGGAUAACACCGCCAACAAGAGUGAAAAAGAGCAAAAAAAAAAAAAAAAAAAAAAAAAAAAAAUGAAUGGUGAACAAGAUGAAUGUCCAAAUUAGAAUAAUGAAAAUCUUGGGAUAAGGAAUUGAUUGGUGGUUUAACAUAAUAAAUAGUUUUUCGUAAGUAAUACUAAUUUUAAACUCUUGUAUUUUGGGUGAUUUUUCUAAAAUGUUUAAAGAUUGAGAAUAAAAAGAAGAGGUUUUUGUUUCUACUUCUUUAAUAGCAAUUCGAUUAUGAUACAGUCAGGUUUUCCCUUUUUGAGUGUGUUUCCAACUAAUUCGUCGCUUGAGGACAAGCAACGCUUAAGUGUGAGGAGAUUGAUAAGUCCAUUUUUGUACUUAUUUUUCUUAUCAAAUUUAAGCGAUUUUUUAUUGAAAAUAGAAAGAAAAGGCAUGUUUUAGAUAUUUUGGUUCAAGUUUCAUGAAAUCAGGUGAAAAUCACAUCCAUAAUAUGUUUAGCGGGAUUUCGGGUCAAUUGAGCACAAAAUGAGUCAAUUUGAGUGACAAAUGCAUUUAUACCGGAAGAAGCAAGCAUUUUAUCAAGGUGAUUCAGAAGACAAAAAUGAAGAGCAAGAAAAGCCGCAUCUGCCAG